AUGGCACCCACUCCACCCUCCACCACCUCAUCGAACGCCAGUACGCAAUCCCCGGAUGGACAAUAUCGAGUAGUUCGAAGGCGGAACCGAAUCCCAUUGUCCUGUGGCCCCUGUAGAAGUCGGAAGUUAGUCUACUAUCCCUCUUCGUCUAGGUGCAAGAAAUUCGAGUUAAUCUUCUCUGUGACUAGACUCAAAUGCAACCGCGUGGUCCCUUGCGAAAAUUGUGUGAAGAGGGGGGAUGCGGUUUCUUGCACUUAUGCGCAGCCCAGCGCGCGGAAGAGAAACCAAACCAGCCAGCAACAGCCCCCAACGCCAGAUGAUAUGCAAAACCGGAUUGACCGACUGGAAAAUUUGGUUUUGUCGCUGAUGACUCACGAGUCCCAAUCAGCGGGGGCUACACCUUCGAAAAAGCUCCCGUCGAGGAAUGCUACGACAUAUACGCAGUGGAAUACGCGCUCUUCUCCACUGAAAGACGCCGGCCAUGGAAAUAGUAGAGAGGAAGAAAGCGAUACCGAACAGGUCACCAAGUCGUUCGGAAUAAUGAAAGUUGACGCCCAGAAUCAGAAGUCUUACUAUGUUAGUGAGGCGCAUUGGACCUCCAUUCUUACCGACAUAGCAGAAGUCAAGAAUUUUUGGGCGACGCAUAAAAAACAAAUCGAAGAACAAAUGGAGAGGGUCCAAGCCGCGAACGGGGACCAGGACUUAUCAAGCUCAGCUCUUAUCUUUGGCGCUAUGAAACCCCCUAAUAGAGCUGAAAUAAUGGCUUCCUUCCCGUCAAAAUACACCACCGACAUUCUAAUAGCCCGUUACUUUAACACAUUUGAUCCAUCAAUACACCUCAUCCACGCACCGUCUUUCCAGAAAGAGUACGAAAGACAUUGGCAAGAUCCUUCGAUAACUAGCAUUGUUUGGAUAGGGAUGACCUUCGCCAUGAUGCGCUUAGCAAUGUUAUCCUACCAUCGAGAUGAAGAUGAGCCCCCUGAAUUCCGAGGCAAAUCCCUUGAUGUUGCCAAAUCAUAUCGUUCCUCGAUGGCUCAAUGCCUUGUCCUCGCGGACUACACGAAACCGCAUCGUUAUGUUCUCGAAACGCUAAUCCUUCAUCUCCAAGGCGAAUAUUCACAGACAAGUGAUGCACAAAUAUCACUUUGGGUUUUGGUUGGUAUAAUUGUUCGGUUGGCGAUGCGAAUGGGCUACCAUCGAGAUUCAAGCAUGUUUUCAAACAUCUCCCCAUUUCAAGGGGAAAUGCGUCGACGGCUCUGGAGCUUUAUUCGGUGUUCGGAUCUAUUGUUUUCUUUCCAGGUAGGGCUGCCGAGUAUGGUCCGCUCGGGUGAUUGCGACACAGAUAGUCCGAGAAGUUUAUAUGACGAUGACUUCAACGAAGAUAGCACAGAACUACCCUCCGAGAGACCUCUUAACGAACCAACACCGGUGUCAUACUUGGUUGCUAAAACCCGGCUUGCGUUUGUUUUCGGACGCGUGCUAGAACAUUGUCAAAAAGUCAAAGGCUCGACGUACGAAGAAGUUAUGGAAAUAGAUACUGCCUUGCGUCAGGCGAGUGAGUUGGUUCCGGAGCAUCUACGUGUUCGACCAAUUUCCGAAUGCGACUUGGAUCCCGCUUACUUGAUUAUGAGCAGAUUCGGUAUCAUGGGCAUUUACCACAAGGCUCAAUGUGUCCUUCACCGGCCCUUCCUUCACCGCGCACGUGAAAACCCCCGUUAUCUGUAUUCUCGCCGGACAUGUAUCGACAGCUCUAUGGAGCUCCUCAAAUUCCAGUUUAUGCUUCACAAUGCAUCACGACCUAAUGGCAGGUUACGGCAUAGGACAUGGUACUCCAGUUCAUUUAGUACUCAAGACUUCCUGAUGGCUAGCACAAUCAUUGCUUUGGACUUGUACCAUAAUCAUCAAUCACGCAGUUCUAGGCCUAUGUACAAUGGAGCCUAUAGCUGGGAUGUACGCCGACAAGAGGAGAUGCUUGCAGCCCUUCAACGAUCCAGAGAUAUAUGGGUCGAACUAAAGGAUAAGUCGAUCGAUGCUUGGAAAGCUGCCGCGAUUCUAGGUUUGUUACUUGAAAAACUUAACCAGACGCCCCAAAACCGAGAAAGGCCAGAUUUAGAACAAGUGCUUGAUGCACAAGAUGAGAAGCAAAGUGCAGCGAUGACUCUAGGGCUCUUGAGCAGCGGGGUAACUCCUCCGAGCCUACCAACUCCGGCGCAAGGUUCGGAUAUUAUGGCUAAAUUUGAUCCGAAUAUCCAGCAGCAACAGCUCCACAACAACACAGAGGCCGUUGACCAAAGCUCCCUCGCCACGAGCCCGUUCGGCAUGUUUGGGCAGAUGCCGGACAUGCAGCCGUUCAAUCUAGACUGGGACGCCUGGGAUGCAUACAUUCAAUCAGCGGCGCUUGACCCUGUCACUCAAGCCUGGGCAGGUAUAGAGCCCCAGCAAGUACAGCCGUCGUUCUCGAUGACAUCCCAACGGAUGGAACCCGGUCUAAAUUCGAUACCGAGAAGGGCUUACUCUCAUACGUUGGGGAUGCCGGAGCAUGUAGAGAGCGGAAACUCGGAUGGUGGUAUAUUCAUGAGCCCGAAGACCGAUGCGCGUCGAUACGGUCACGGACAAAGUUAA